AGUGUUCUUUUAACCACAAAGAUGCGCAAACAAUCAUGACCGCGCACGCAAAAGUAAUCUAUACAAUAAGAUUUGUGCGUGCGCGUACCCGCGAACUCUUUGUGUGGUGGCGUAGAGAAACGCGGAGGAAAAGCCAUGGCGGACGAAAAACCCAAGGAAGGAGUGAAGACAGAAAACAACGACCACAUCAACCUGAAGGUGGCGGGACAGGACGGCUCCGUGGUGCAGUUCAAGAUCAAGAGGCACACGCCACUCAGCAAGCUGAUGAAGGCGUACUGCGAGAGACAGGGAUUAACAAUGAGACAGAUCCGGUUCCGGUUUGAUGGACAGCCAAUCAAUGAGACAGACACGCCUGCACAGUUGGAAAUGGAGGAUGAAGAUACCAUUGAUGUUUUUCAGCAGCAAACAGGAGGCCAAUAUUAGAUCCAGUGUCCCCCAAGCUUCAGCUCCUCCGGAUCCCUUCCUGUCUCCCUCACUCUUUCACCAGUACUUUUCCCUACACAGACCCCUCAGUCAGCACAGAAUGACUUCCAUACAAACCGAGGGGUCUUUGUGAUACAAACAGUUGUAUAGUGUUCUCAUUCUUGCUUUUAGCUCCUUUUUGUACGUGAUUUUUUAAAUCACCAAAACACGCACGUGUAAGUGGUCCAUGAAGACUCGAAUUACGCAGCAUUCAAGACCCAGAGUUGUGGAUGUGUAAUGUCUUUUGCAAGAUGAGGAAGUCACAGUAAAUUAUUACAUCUCGAUCUCAGUGACAGUGCGGUGCAGACUUUUUUUGUGAAGUGUUGCGAAAGAUGGAUUUUAUAUCUUUUUUUUUUAUAUUGUAGUGGUUAUGUUUAAAAUAAAACUUGUCUUAAACAUAGUUUGAUUUGAUCAUUAAAAAAGGAAAAAAGGCCCUAAUAUGCCUUUUAGUCAAGUGAAAUAUCUGUAUUGUUUAAAUAAAAAAAUAAAAUGAUUUUCAUUUUAAAAAGAAGCUUA